GUAACUGUUGAUACACAGUUCUUAAUUUUAAUCGUGUUAGUAUUAUAAUUCAACUGUAAUUAAUUAAUUAUUAAUCUAUACAGGAUCGGAUAUAUAUAUAUUUUUAAAAUGGGUCUUAUGGACACUAUAAACUACUAUUAUUAUGAUUUGUCUGCUUUACAUCAAUAACUUCUUAAAAGUUAACACAGAAAUGUUUAAAUCUGGAGAAAUUUAGAGGUUCAGGGAACUUAUCUGAAACUAUUAUACUAUUCGUCACAAAUUCGCAUUGAAAACUCCCUGCGAAAUGUUGUGCUAUUUGGGUUGGGGGCUUCUGAGCUCGCUGAAUUUUAAUCUGAUGUUAUCAUUCAAAAUGGCGGAUACAAUACGACGCAUUAAAUAGUAAAUAUCUGUGACCCGGACAGUGAAGGCAAGGAAAAAGUCUCGCUAAGUAAAAUUGAGAAAAUUACUCCGGCCGUCGAAGAAAGGAGAAGAAUAUGACCUAAUUUAUUUAUGGUAAUUAGAAAAACGAUCCGCGAAUGAGAGAUUGGUUAAUUAUGGACAGCAUUUGGUACCCAAUUAUAAUUACUUUUGUUUAUGUUGUUGUUGUAUUUAAAUUGGCACCAACUUUUAUGAAAAAUCGUCCGGCCUACAAAUUAAACACGUUUAUAAAAUGUUAUAACCUCUUUCAAAUUUUCUCAAAUGCUUAUAUAGUUAUAAACGUGGCACCUUGCUAUCCAUUUUAUCGAGCUCUUGAAUGUCGCCCUCUUCUUUACGCAAUGGAUGCUUGUGGUAUGACGAUAGCAAAAUGUGGUUAUUUUGGCAUAUGGUUAAAACUAUUUGAUCUCAGUGAAACAUUGACAUAUAUACUGCGAAAGAAAAAUAAUCAAGUUACAUUUUUACAUUUGUACCAUCAUAUAAGUACUUUUUUAAUUGGCAUGUUUUUUACAAGGUAUUUUGGCACCGAAUCAGCUUUACUUAUUCCAAUGUUGAAUUGUGCUGUUCAUGUUUUAAUGUACUUUUACUACUUUCUUAGUAAUUUUGAAGGUCCAAUUAAACAAAAAAUAAUUCCCUUCAAACGUUACCUGACACUCAUACAAAUGGGACAAUUUAUUAUUAUAAUUCUACAAUUAGUAAUAGGUGGUUUAAUAAAAGAAUGUGAAUUGUCAAAACUAAUGAUAAUUAUAAUGGUGUUCAAUGUACUUUUCAACUUUUGGCUGUUCUUUCGGUUUUACAAAAAAACUUAUAUCGACAUAAAAGAAAAAAAUAUUUAAAUAUAUGUAUGUUUACAUCUGUACAUUUCUUUAAUAAAGUU